AUGGCGUUGGUAUGUCAGUUCAGGCAGCCCGUCAGGGCCCAGCCUCUGCCAGCACUCUCCCAGGGCAAGCUCACCAGGACAGACUCAUGUGACGUGUGCAACAGCACCGAUCUUCCGGAAGUCGAGAUCAUCAGCCUGCUGGAGGAGCAGCUGCCCCAUUAUAAGUUAAGAGCUGACACCAUCUACGGUUAUGACCACGACGACUGGCUCCAUACGCCCCUCAUUUCUCCAGAUGCCAACAUUGACCUCACGACCGAGCAAAUUGAAGAGACGCUGAAGUACUUCCUUUUAUGUGCUGAAAGAGUUGGCCAGAUGACUAAGACGUAUAAUGACAUAGAUGCUGUCACUCGGCUUCUUGAGGAGAAAGAGCGGGAUUUAGAACUGGCUGCUCGGAUCGGCCAGUCAUUGUUGAAGAAGAACAAGACACUAACGGAGAGGAACGAGCUUCUGGAAGAGCAAGUGGAACACAUCAGGGAGGAGGUGUCCCAGCUCCGGCAUGAGCUGUCCAUGAAGGAUGAGUUGCUGCAAUUCUACGCCAGUGCUGCAGAGGACAGUGAGCCCGAGUCCGUGUGCUCCACCCCGUUGAAGAGGAAUGAGUCAUCCUCCAACGUGCAGAACUACUUUCAUCUGGAUUCUCUUCAGAAGAAGCUGAAGGACCUUGAGGAGGAGAACGUCGUGCUCCGAUCCGAGGCCUGCCAGCUAAAGACGGAGACCAUCACCUACGAAGAGAAGGAACAGCAGCUGGUCAACGACUGUGUGAAGGAGCUGAGGGAUGCCAAUGUGCAGAUUGCCAGCAUCUCAGAGGAGCUGGCCAAGAAGACUGAGGAUGCUGCCCGCCAGCAAGAGGAGAUCACGCACCUGCUGUCCCAGAUAGUUGACUUGCAGAAGAAGGCCAAAGCUUGUGCCGUGGAAAAUGAAGAGCUGGUCCAGCACCUGGGGGCGGCUAAGGAUGCCCAGCGGCAGCUCACGGCCGAGCUGCGCGAGCUGGAGGACAAGUAUGCAGAGUGCAUGGAGAUGCUUCAUGAGGCGCAGGAGGAGCUGAAGAACCUCCGGAACAAGACCAUGCCCAACACCACGUCCCGGCGCUACCACUCCCUGGGCCUGUUUCCCAUGGACUCCUUGGCAGCAGAGAUCGAGGGAACGAUGCGCAAGGAGCUGCAGUUGGAAGAACCUGAGUCUCCAGACAUCGCUCACCAGAGGCGAGUCUUUGAGACGGUGAGAAACAUCAACCAGGUCGUCAAGCAGAGGUCUCUGACCCCGUCCCCCAUGAACAUCCCUGGCUCCAACCAGUCCUCAGCCGUGAACUCCCUCCUGUCCAGCUGCGUCAGCACCCCUCGGUCUAGCUUCUAUGGCAGUGAUGUUGGCAACGUGGUCCUGGACAACAAGACCAACAGCAUCAUCCUGGAAGCGGAGUCAGCUGACCUGGGGAAUGACGAGCGGAGCAAGAAGCCCGGGACGCCGGGCACCCCGGGCUCCCACGACCUGGAAACCGCUCUGCGGCGGCUGUCCCUCCGCCGGGAGAACUACCUCUCGGAGCGGAGGUUCUUCGAGGAGGAGCAGGAGCGGAAGCUCCGGGAGCUGGCGGAAAAGGGCGAGCUGCUCAGCGGCUCCCUCACGCCCACGGAGAGCAUCAUGUCCCUCGGCACCCACUCCCGCUUCUCCGAGUUCACCGGCUUCUCGGGCAUGUCCUUCAGCAGCCGCUCCUACCUGCCCGAGAAACUCCAGAUCGUGAAGCCGCUGGAAGGCUCCGCCACCCUUCACCACUGGCAGCAGUUGGCCCAGCCCCACCUCGGGGGCAUCCUGGACCCCCGGCCCGGUGUGGUCACCAAGGGCUUCCGGACACUGGACGUUGACCUGGACGAAGUGUACUGCCUUAACGACUUUGAGGAAGACGACACAGGUGACCACAUUUCCCUCCCGGGCCUAGCUACCUCCACGCCAGUUCAGCACCCAGAGACCUCAGCACACCACCCUGGGAAGUGCAUGUCACAGACCAACUCCACCUUCACCUUCACCACAUGUCGUAUCCUGCAUCCUUCAGAUGAGCUCACGCGGGUCACGCCAAGCCUUAACUCGGCUCCAACUCCAGCUUGUGGCGGCACCAGCCACUUGAAGUCCACGCCGGUGGCCACCCCGUGCACUCCACGGAGACUGAGCCUGGCCGAGUCCUUCACUAACACCCGCGAGUCCACGACCACCAUGAGCACGUCUCUGGGGCUGGUGUGGCUGCUGAAGGAGCGGGGCAUCUCCGCGGCCGUAUAUGACCCGCAGAGCUGGGACAGGGCCGGCCGGGGCUCCCUCCUGCACUCCUACACCCCCAGGAUGGCGGUGAUCCCCUCCACCCCGCCCAACUCGCCUCUGCAGACACCCACGUCUUCCCCGCCCUCCUUUGAGUUCAAGUGCACGAGCCCUCCCUACGACAACUUCCUGGCUUCCAAGCCGGCCAGCUCCAUCCUGAGGGAGGUGAGGGAGAAGAAGAACGUCCGGAGCAGCGAGAGCCAGACAGACGUGUCCGUCUCCAACCUCAACCUCGUGGACAAAGUCAGGAGGUUUGGCGUGGCCAAAGUGGUGAACUCAGGGCGAGCCCACGUCCCCACCUUGACUGAGGAUCAGGGACCUCUCCUCUGUGGGCCCCCGGGCCCAGCCCAGGCCCUGGUCCCCGGGGGCCUGGUCCCCGAGGGCCUGCCUCUCGGAUGCCCCACGGUCACGAGUGCCAUCGGCGGGCUGCAGCUCAACAGCGGCAUCCGGCGGAACCGCAGCUUCCCCACCAUGGUGGGGUCCAGCAUGCAGAUGAAAGCCCCCGUGACUCUCACCUCGGGCAUCUUGAUGGGUGCUAAGCUCCCCAAACAAACUAGCUUCCGGUGA